AAAAAAUUAAUUAAGCAGAGCUCCAUUACCUACCGCCCGCCCCGGUUACCCGUCAACCUCCGAUUCAACUUUUUUUCUUGUCAAAAAAGAAAUGCAACACUUGGGACACACACUAUAUAUAUAGUGUUUAUGUAUAGGGGCUGCCACUGCUGCAUAAUUCACAUUCCAGACAGGGGUUUUCGUUGAAUCGCAGAGAUAGAAAGCUGAAAUCAGGAAUGCAUCUGUAUAACGCUUGGUUGCCGCCGCCUGUGGCGGAGCAGGCGGUGAAAGAGAAGGACGCGUUCGCCGGAGUGGUGAAGUCAGCCAAGGAAGCCUAUAAACUGGACGAUCCGGAUUCGGUUUAUGCUACGCUGAAAUGGAUAUCUGUUCUCGACCUCUUCAUAAAGGCAAGAAGUGAACUGUACAUGGAAGAUGUGAAAGGUCUUAUCGAAUUUGGGUUGGAAUUGUUCCGAGUAUCUGAAAAUAAACUUUAUGCUCAGGUUAGAUGGGGAAAUCUCUUGGUAAGGAUAUUAAAUAAAUACAGAAAGAAGUUGAAUUUGAAGGUCCAGUGGCGCCCAUUCUACGAUACUCUGGUCCACACCCACUUCACAAGUAGGAAUACUGGCCCAGAAGGAUGGAGAUUGAGACAGCGGCAUUUUGAGGCAGUUACUUCACUUGUUCGAUCCUCCCGACGGUUCUUCCCUCCUGGUUCUGCAUUUGAGAUAUGGUCUGAAUUCAGAUUCCUAUUGGAAAAUCCAUGGCAUAACUCGGCUUUUGAAGGUUCUGGUUUUGUACGAUUAUUCCUACCAACAAACAUGGACAAUGAAGACUUCUUCUCUGAUGAUUGGAUUAGAUCAUGCCUAGACCACUGGGAUUCUAUACCAAAUUCCCAGUUUUGGAACAGCCAAUGGGCUUCUGUUACAGCUCGUGUCAUAAAGAACUACAACAAUAUUGAUUGGGAAACAUUCUUGUCAAAUUUUUUCAACAGAUACUUGAAUAUGUUUGAGGUUCCUGUGGCAAAUGGGGGUGGGUCUAAUCCAUUUUCUGUGGAUGUUCCCAGAAACACUAGAUUCUUGUUCUCAAAUAGAACAAUCACUCCAUCAAAGGCCAUAGCUAAAUCAAUUGUUUAUCUACUAAGACCUGGAGGUUCAGCACAACAGUAUUUUGAGAAAUUGGUCAACCUCUUGGAACAGUAUUACCACCCUUCCAAUGGUGGCCGCUGGACAUAUUCCCUUGAAAGAUUUUUGUUCUACUUGGUAACUACGUUUCAGAAACGAUUGCAACGUGAGCAACAGAGAAAAGAUAAAGGUGAACAGUCUGAACUCUUCCUGGGGCAAGUGGACAGGGCUUCCUUUGUCAAUAGCAUCUUGAGGCUAAUUGAUCGCGGUCAAUAUAGCAAAAAUGAACAUCUUUCAGAAACAGUUGCUGCUGCAACUUCUAUUCUGUCAUAUGUGGAGCCAUCCUUGGUUCUUCCAUUUUUAGCAUCUCGGUUUCAUAUGGCCUUAGAGACGGUGACAGCCACCCACCAGUUGAAGAGUGCUGUGAUGUCAGUAGCAUUUUCUGCACGAUCUUUGUUCCUCACAGCCUUAUCUACAUCCCCCAUGGAUUUGGAUGAUGUUGAUCAUGGUGGUUCAUAUGUUGACCUUCUGAUGAUUUCCUUAUCAAAUGCAUUGCUUGGGAUGGAUGCCAAUGACCCACCGAAAACCUUGGCAACAAUGCAACUUAUUGGUUCCUUAUUUUCCAGUAUGGCUACUUUGGAAGAUGCUGUGGAUGAGUCGUCUCUUAUGCCAGCAUUUCACUUUUCUGAAUGGCUUGAUGAGUUCUUUUGCCGCUUGUUCUCUUUGCUUCAACAUUUGGAACCUAGCAGUGUUGUGAAUGAAGGUCUUCAUUCUCCUGCAACUUCAGGAACUUUCUUGGUUGAGGAUGGCCCAUACUAUUUCUGCAUGUUAGAAAUAUUGAUGGGGAGACUUUCAGGAUCACUUUAUAAGCAGGCCCUUAAAAAAAUUUCCAAAUUUGUUACCACAAAUAUCCUUCCUGGGGCAAUUGCUGAGGUUGGACUGCUUUGUUGUGCUUCUGUUCAUCCUAAUCCAGAGGAGGCAGUUACUCAUCUCGUCAAACCAAUGUUGGAGUCUGCUUUAUUGUCAUUGAAAGGAACACCUGUUACAGGGUUUGGAGGAAGAGGGACUUUUGAUGCUUCUAAACUAAGCAAGGCAAAACCCACACUCUCUCCAGCUCUUGAAAUGGCAAUUGAAUAUCAGUUGAAAGUAUUAUCUAUAGCAAUCAGUUAUGCAGGCCCUGCACUUCUUCGCUACAAAGACGAGUUCAAAGAAGCUAUUGCUUGUGCCUUUGAUUCUCCAUCUUGGAAGGUUAAUGGGGCAGGUGAUCAUGUUCUCCGAUCUCUCCUUGGAAGUCUGGUUCUUUAUUAUCCCAUUGAUCAAUACAAGUGUCUUUUGCAUCAUUCGGCUGCCCCAACAUUGGAGGAGUGGAUCAGUACAAAAGAUUUUGCAAAUGAUAAACAAUGGAUGGCCCCCAGGUGGCAUCUCCCUUGUAAGGAAGAGAUUCAAUUUGCAAAUGAACUGUUAAGUCUGCAUUUCGAUUCUGCUUUAGAUGACCUUUCAAGGAUAUGCAAAUCCAAAAUCCAUUCUGAUCCAGGAAAUGAGAAAGAGCACUUGAAAGUGACUCUUCUGCGCAUUGAUUCUUCAUUACAAGGGGUUUUGUCAUGUUUACCCGAUUUUAAGCCAUCCUGCAAGAAUGGGGUGGUUGAAGAGCUAGGUCAUAUUCCUUUCUUGAUUGCUGGAGCAACAGGUUCAUGUGUUGGCAGUGCUGAACUGCGAGAGAAAGCCACUGAUGUUAUUCAUUCAGCUUGCCUAUACUUACUGGAGGAAAAGUCUGACGAUAGCAUUUUGUUAUUGCUUCUCAUUCGUAUAAUGGAUUCUUUAGGAAAUUAUGGGAGUUCAGAAUAUGAUGAGUGGUCAAAUCACCGACAGGCCUGGAAACUGGAAUCUGCUGCCAUUGUAGAACCUCCAGUUAAUUUCAUUGUGUCAUCUCAUUCUAAAGGCAAAAGAAGAUCUAGAUGGGCACUUAUUGACAAAGCAUAUAUGCAUAGUACUUGGAGAGCUUCGCAGUCGUCAUAUCAUCUUUUCCGGAUGAAGGCGAAUCUGUCUCCAUCUGACCGUGUGAUACUUUUGAUGGAUGAUCUUCUUACUCUCUCUUUACAUAGCUAUGAAACAGUCCGUGCAAUCGCUGGAAAAUCUCUUCUGAAGAUGAUGAAAAGAUGGCCAUUUACUAUUCCGAAGUGUGUGCUCACUCUCAGUGAAAAUUUGAGGAAUCCAAGCUCACCUGAAUAUGCAGUGUUAGGUUCUUGUGCAGUCCUUGCAACACAAACUGUUCUUAAAUGUUUGACAACGGAUACAAAGGCACUUUCUUCAUUUCUUCUUGGAAUUCUUUCAAGCUCUCAUCAUGAGUCAUUAAAAGCUCAGAAAGCAAUCAAUGAGCUUUUUGUCAAGUACAACAUUUAUUUUGCUGGAGUAUCUAGAAAUAUGUUCAGAACAUCAAGCAAUCAUUCAGAUGAGACCGAUUUUGCAGUCUUGGUUUCUGAGAUUGGCUCUAUGAGUUUUGAAAGCACCAACUUGCACUGGCGGUAUAAUCUGAUGGCUAACAGAGUUUUGCUUCUAUUAGCGAUGGCUUCUAGGAAUGACCCAAACUCAUCAUCUAAAAUUCUCAGUGAAACUGCUGGUCAUUUCUUAAAAAAUCUGAAGAGUCAACUGCCACAGACAAGAAUACUAGCAAUAUCUGCUCUAAAUACACUGUUAAAGGAAUCACCUUACAAACUGUCUGAGGACCGGACUGUUCUCUCUACUGAUUUACACAGAAAUACCAAGUCUUCUCUUGAAGGAGCAUUAAGUAGUAUCUUCCAAGAAGAAGGGUUUUUUAAUGAGACUCUAAACAGUCUUUCUCAUAUUCAUAUAAUUGAUACAGAUGGUGCAUCUUCCAAAGGAGGUCAUGGAAAUUCUUCAUUCCAGAGCUUUGCAGACAAAUCCAUCACUCGAUUCUAUUUUGAAUUUUCUUCAUCAUGGCCCCGUACCCCUAACUGGAUAUCUUUAUUGGGAAAUGAUACCUUUUACUCAAGCUUCGCUCGAAUCUUUAAACGGUUAAUGCAAGAAUGCGGCAUGCCUGUGUUACUGGCUCUAAAAAAUGCACUGGAGGAAUAUUUAAAUGCCACAGAGAGGACUAAACAGUGUGUUGCUGCUGAAGCAUUGGCUGGUGUGCUGCAUUCUGAUGUCUAUGGUGUUUCAGAAGCAUGGGAUAGUUGGUUGAUGGUCCAUCUGCAGAAUAUUAUUCAUUCACCUUCUGUGGAAUCUAUACCAGAGUGGGCAGCUUGUAUUCGUUAUACAGUUACUGGAAAGGGAAAAUAUGGAACAAAGGUUCCUCUUUUAAGGCAGAAAGUCUUGGACUGUCUAAUGAACCCUAUUCCUGAAGCAGUUAGUACUACUGUUAUUACCAAGCGCUAUACUUUUCUUUCAGCUGCGCUAAUAGAAUUAUCCCCGCCUAGAAUGCCAGUAGCUGAAAUAGAGCUUCAUAAUAAGCUUCUUAAAGAGUUGAUUGGGAAUAUGAGUCAUUCCUCUCCACAAGUCAGGGAAUCAAUUGGCUUAACUCUUUCAGUGUUAUGCUCAAACAUUAGACUUAAUGAGUUGUGUAAUCAAGUCCAGUCCCAUGAGACACAAAUUAGUGACCUGCACAAAAACUUGGAGACAGGGCGUUGGGAUCAAUAUUUAAUAGACCGAGCUUCGGAGCUCGUGUUGAAUAUCCAGAAGUCUAGCCAUUCAGAUGUUGCUGAUAACUCAACAGAUAAGGUUUCUGAAAAUGGAACAUCAAAUGACCAAUCUAAAGAUGAUGCUAAAUGGAUGGAGACGUUAUUUCAUUUCAUCAUCUCUUCUUUAAAGUCGGGAAGGUCUUCAGUUUUGCUAGAUGUUCUUGUUGGUCUGCUCUAUCCUGUAAUCUCUCUACAGGAAACAUCAAAUAAAGAUCUUUCCACUCUGGCCAAAGCAGCUUUUGAAUUGCUGAAAUGGAGACUUAUCUUGGAAUCCCAUCUACAGAAGGCUGUAUCUGCCAUUCUUACUUCAGCGAGUGAUCCAAAUUGGCGUACCAGAUCAGCUACAUUAACCUUUUUGCGAAGUUUCAUGUACAGGCAUACUUUUGUCCUCUCUAAGGUGGAGAAACAAAAAAUCUGGGGAACUGUUGAGAGGUUACUCACAGACAACCAAGUUGAGGUACGAGAACAUGCCGCAGCAGUUUUGGCUGGCCUCAUGAAAGGAGGGGAUGAAGAUCUUGCCACUGACUUCCGCUCUAGAGCAUUUGAGCAAGCAAACAUCAUUCAGAAGAAAAAGAAGCAUAGAAGCCUGAAAUCAUCAGGACAGUCUGUAGCAUCCAUACAUGGUCAGAUACUUGCUCUGGCAGCUUGUGUGUUAUCAGUCCCUUAUGACAUGCCCAGUUGGUUGCCUGGACAUGUAACUCUACUGGCUCAAUUUGUCUCGGAACCAUCCCCUGUAAAAUCUACUGUUACAAAAGCAGUGGCAGAGUUCCGGCGAACUCAUGCGGACACAUGGAAUAUACAAAAAGAUUCCUUCAGCGAAGAGCAGCUUGAGGUUCUGGCUGAUACAUCCUCGUCUUCAUCGUACUUUGCUUGAUAUGUGGUAUUGUUAUUAUAAUUGUUAUUGUUUUUUUAAAAUAUUUUAUUUUCAUAUUAUGACCAAAAAGAAUUACUGUAAGAGAGAAACAUUCAAAUUUAGGAAAUUGUAUUUAAUGCUUUGUUGAUCAUUUAAUUGAAUUGAUUAUAUCUGUACUUUUCCUUCAUAAAUUCAGAUUCUUUUUAGUCUAA